UCAUGUUGCUGCUGCUCAGUGGCCGCUACGUUUGGACGGAAACGCGGUAGAUUGGAACUGGAAGCAGUUAAAACGAUCAGGCUGAGGAGAGAAGCGAGACGUGUCGGGUGGAUUCUGACUUUUCGCGUUUAGAGUCUGCACUGCGGACAGUGCGCCAUCCAUGGCCACCCCGGCGUUGCAGCAGCCCAGUUUCCUGCUGGCCAAUCUGAAAGCUGAUUGGACGACCAAGCCCCUCCUCCAGCGAUGUCAGGAGCUGGUGAAGGUGAUAGACGACUACCCCGCUAAGGAGCUGCACCUGGUGUUUCCCUGGCUGGUGGAGAGCAUCUUCGGCAGCCUGGAUGGCAUCAUCGUGGGCUGGAAUCUGCGGCUUCUGCAGGCCCGCACCAAUGAGUACGGCAUCGUCAUGGAGUUCCUGGACCCCAGUGGCCCUAUGAUGAAGCUGGUAUACAAGCUGCAAGCCGAAGAGUAUAAGUAUGAGGUUCCUGUCACCUACCUCCCAGGUCCUGUGAGAGCAGCCAUUCAGGAAGGCGUCCUCCCAGACUGCCCGCUUUUUCACAAUAAGCUCCAGUUCCCGCUGUCUGGGCUGAUGAGCCUCAGUCUGUCUCUCAAUCCCUUUGAAUAUUACAUGUUUUAUUUUGCCACAAGCCUCAUUGCUCCAAGGAAUUAUCCCCCAGGGCCACACGUGAGCAUGUCAGACAGUGCCUACUUUGUCCUGGUGGACGUCUACUUGAAGUACUUCCUGCCCACAGAAGGGAACGUGCCCCCAUCUCCCUUCUCAGAUGCAAGAGGCACUGUGGCACCUCCUGCUCCCAGAUCCCCCAGCAUGCCUUUCAUGGGGUACGGCGUCCACACCAGCAGUCUGCUGAAGCGCCACAUUUCCCAUCAGCCCUCAGUGAACGCCGACCCUGCCACCCAGGAGAUCUGGAGGUCCGAGACCCUGCUGCAGGUGUUUGUAGAGAUGUGGCUGCAUCACUAUUCUCUGGAAAUGUAUCAGAAGCUCCAGUCCCCUCAGGUGAAGCUGGCGCUGCUGCAGUACCGGCUCAGUCUGUCCAGCGCGCCGGGUUCCGCCCCCGCCUCGCCCGGCUUUGGGACCCUCCACACGUACCAAGAGCCCUUCAGUCCCACAGAGGAGCACGUGCUGGUGGUCCGACUCCUGGUGAAACACCUCCACGCCUUCUCCAGCAGCCUGAAACCCGAGCAAAUCUCCUCCUCUCCCUCCGCCCACUCCCACGCCAGCCCUCUGGAGGAGUUCAAACGGGUGGUCGUCUCACGCUUCGUGCAGCAGAAGCUUUACGUCUUCCUCCAGCACUGCUUCGGUCACUGGCCCCUGGACGCCUCCUUCAGAGCCGUUUUGGAAACGUGGCUCAGCUACAUCCAGCCCUGGCGGUAUACAGGAGAGAAGAGCAACCUGCAAGCAGACGGACAGAACCGGACCGUUCCGGAGAAAUGGGCGUCCUUCGUGCAGGAGAACCUGCUGAUGUACACCAAACUGUUCCAGGGCUUCCUGAACCGCGCCGUGCGCACCGACCUGGUCAACGCCAAGAACGCGCUCAUGGUCUUCAGGGUGGCCAAAGUGUUCGCACAGCCCAACCUGCCAGAAAUGAUCCAGAAAGGAGAGCAGCUGUUCCUGGAGCCCGAGCACGUCCUCCACCACCGGCAGCACCGGGCCUUCCUCACCCCGGCUCACGGCGGCAGCUUCCUGUCCUCCCGCCAGCCCGCCGAGGCCGACGCCGUCUUCAAGGUCAAGAGCCACGUCUACAGCCUGGAGGGUCAGGACUGCCAGUACAUGCAGAUGUUCGGCAGCGAGCUGCGCACCGCAGUGCUGAAGCUGGUCCAGAUCAUGGCACAGGCCCGGCAGACGGCCAAGCGCAUAUCGGACCACUCGGCCGAGGCAGCGGGCAGCCAGUCCUUCCUGUCCUGGUUCGGCCUGGGCGCAUCAGACCUCAACAACACCUACACGGGGGCUGAGCCCGAGGAGGCCGGCGAGUGCGUCAAGAAGACCCACGAGUUCCUGGACCGAGCCCUGGACUACCUCUGUCAGAUAUUCCGGCUGAAUGCAGGGCAGGUGUCUCAGCUGCUGGCGAACAUGGCGUCGGCAGAGGACGACAUGGGCGGGUCCAGGCAGCUUCCUGACUGCAUUCGGGGAGAGAACGGGCUGGUCCUCACAGACCUGGGCCGCAUACAGAUUAUCAACGGGCUGCGCAGGUUUGAGAUCGAGUAUCAGGGAGACCCUGAGCUGCAGCCCAUCAGGAGCUACGAGAAUGCUCUGUUAGUCCGCCUUCUGUAUCAGAUUGCAUCGCUAAUUAACGAACGGUUUGCAGGCCACAUGGAGGCGCUGUGUUCGCGACGGGACUUCCUGGGUCGCCUGGGACGGUACUACUUCACCAACCCCGCCUCUGGGGAGCGGAGUCAGAAGAGCCCGAUGACAAGCAGGGCGGUGGAGAGGCAGAGGAGACCGAGACUCAGCCUGCGAGCGCUGGCCAGCUACCGCACCUUGCUCAGCCUGUUCCUGCUCUACCUGCUGGGGACGCUGUUCUCCUUCGGCGUCCUGUCCAGCACCGGCCUCAUCCUCGUAGCUAGUGUUCUAUACGGACUUUUCAUGACCAUUGUUGGAGAUAAGCAGAAGACGCACUAGCAGAGAAAGAGAAUUGUUGUGCUUUUACCCAUUAGUGGAUUGCUCUCAUGCAAUAGCUUUUUAAAAGUGUCCUCACUGCAAGUCUAAAAAUUAAUAUUGUUCCUUUCCUUUACUGUCGUAUGUAUUGCUGUACUAUUGAAUGUGUCCGUGUUCCAGAGCAAGCCAAAAUCACUUUCCAGGUGUCCUAACUUACCUCAGGCUGUACGUAACCUUCACACAACGCCCAGAAUGCACCUGUACACCCCUCCCCCCUGUGGACUGUGCAUUGUGAUGGGGUGGUGGUGUCACCUGUUGACAGCAAGCCAUGAAAGGCUUUGUUUUGAUCCAUGGAAAUGGGCAUUUCGCCAUUGUGGGACUGCUACUUUGCUUUUCUGCAUGCGUGACGAUUUAACCAUGAGGCAAGGAACAAUGUAUUAAAGUUUAGAUUUUCGGAGAGGUUACCCUGCAAGAUUGUAAAUACGAACAAAAUCUUAAAUUUUGCUGGAAUGUUACUUGAAUCUAAAUCUAGUUUUUUAUCAUUUGAAAGACAUUGCUCUGACAGAUUGAAAAAGGAGUGAAUGGAAUCACAGUUUAAUAGCUUAAAGCGCCGCCAAAAUAAUCACAAGGACAGAGACUGGUAGCUAACUACAUUUAAAAAUGAGGUCGUGUUUGCCACCUUUCUCAAUUCGACUGUGUUGCUUGUUAAAGCCAAGUUGUCUGUAAUCAGAAACAACUUUUUUAUGGCCAUUAAA